AUGAAUAAUAGUAGUUCAUUUAAUAAUGAAGGAAAUGAAUUUAGAUUUGAUGGACAUUUAUACAAGUUUGAUGAAUACAGUAUAAGAAAUAUUUAUGGUAUCAAGACAAAGAAACAAAGAGAGGUAGAGGACAGUGAUCAGAGUAGAUUCAAGUCGCUGAGGAAUGGUCAGUGUUAUGUUAAACUACUAACACAUCAUCUAGAGUCGGUCGUACGAGUUGAACGUAUGGGAUUGUUGGAUAGGUGUCGUCGAUACUAUAUCUAUGACAAUGUAGAGGUUGUAUGGGCCGAGAUGAUGGGCAAGGUCGUAUCGAUUGCUCAAAAGUAUCGACCUCUACUUCCAUACACCGAAUCCAAUGUCUUUAUUCGAUUCCAUAUCGACGAUGGUACAAGCGAUCAAGAGAUGGAGAUCUUUUAUGCUCAUGUCCCUUCGAAACCGUUGCAUUUGAAACUAGGCCAAUUCAUUCGUGUUUGGGGUCACAUUGAACUUCGAAAAGGUACCAACAACACAAGUAGUGCAGCAGGUUCUAAUUCUAUUCCAAUUCAAUUUAAUGCUCUUAAAAUUUUGAUACCAGAUCAAAGUGAUGAGCAAACUAAAGUAUUACCAUUAUAUUUGUGGUUACAGUGUCGAUACCUACACGAAUCGCUUUAUAAACCAUGUUCGAGAUACAUUGCAAAGAGAAAAGAGGUAGAGUUGCAACAAAAGGAACAACUAGAACAAGAACGGAAAAAGAGAAUACGUUUCACCAACUUGUUAAAUGACAAUGUCGAUCAACAAGAUUAUCAACAAGAUCAACUUGAAGAUUCACAGGAGGAGGAGGAUGUGGAUAAAGAAGAUGAGGAAGAUGUGGAUGAGGAGGAGGAGGAAGAAGAUGAAACUAAACAGCAGAAAGACGAAAAAGAGGUUGAGGAUGAUGACGAUAAUGAAGAAUACCGACAUUACAACAAAAAACAACCAACCACAACAUCAUCAUCAUCAACAUCAAUAUCAUCAACAACCAACAACAACAACAACAACAGAUACUUUGAUAGAUCUAUCGUCCAUCCAUCCAUUCGUCCACCCAUCAUUCUUAGUAGUAGUAGUGGUAGAAAAAGAGAAACAAAGAAAGAAAGAAAGAGAUAG